GAAAAAGGUCACAAACAAUUGGAUUUUAUUCGUAGUAAAUAAACAAUAAACACUUACUUUGACUUUUGCGUUUGAAUAUAUCCUUCUAAAAAUAGCAAUAGUAUAUCCGAGGUCUACUUAAAGCAUUUUGGCUCCCAGGGAAUAGUCCCAUCUCUGUUUAAUAAUAUUUUAUUUUUUCUUCAACUCUAUUCGGACAUAUUUUUAAUAUGUGUCAAAUGAUUGUUAUGGGAUGGCAUUUUAACUUAUUCUUAUAGUUAUCUGUUUUCUUCAUCAGAGUUUUCGUGUAAACUGAAUUAAUGGAUAACAUAUUUCUUGAGUUAAAUAAAAAUAUCGAGCCAUUGCUUUUAAAAUCGUAGGCAUUGAAUAAUUUCAUGACGAAAAUAAAAGAGUAUUCUCUAAAUUUGUUAGAUAUUGCAAAGUGAUGUUGUAAAGGCUCAGAAGAAAUUGAAUAAAGCACUUUCUAACAGUAAAGUCCGUUUCAAAUAGACAUAAGAAAACGUAACUUUUUCUGAGAAAUGUUACAAUGAACUUGUUUUGAUUUUAAAUUCAUUUUAAUGUUGUGUUUCAAUUCUCUGAAAGAAGGGCUAUAACAUGAUGUCACGCGAAACGAGGAAAAAGUACAACACGUAAGCUUAUAGUAUCAAUGAUUUGCAGUGGUCAUAAUAAAAGGGGGUAAUUAUGCUGUUUGAUGUGAGCACUGUGCUGUUCUGAUAGAAUUUUAAAUUAUUCGAAACAAAGGGUUUGCGAAACUUAGUAAAAGUCUAAAUGUUUAGUAUCCAGUCGAAAUUGAAACAAAGAUGACUUUCUUCGAUAAUCUAAAUUGGAGGAUCACAAAAUUAUUACUUUCAUGCUUUGGUGCAUGGCCUUCACAGUCGCCUAGAAUUCGAAAAAUAUUAAGAGUUCUUGUGUUUUUUUUAAUUGCAAGUAUAUUUUUGCCGGAGAUUAUAAAAUUGAUAACAGCUUUUGGAGACAUCAACAAGCUCGUCGAAUGUGCACCAAUCUUUGCAUUACAUUCAUUGACAAUUGUCAAAAUGUGCAAUUGUCUUUUUAAUAUUGAUAAGAUAAAAAUACUGCUUAUCAAAAUUCAAACUGAUUGGGAAUCUCCAAUGUCAGAUGUAGAAUUACAGAUGUUACGUAAAUAUGGAAAUGAUAAUCGAAGACUUACUCAUGGUUAUAUAUAUUUUAUUUAUGCCGUUACGGCGAUGUUUUUGACUACACCCAUGGUUCCGAAAAUUCUUGAUUACUAUAUGCCACUGAAUCAAACACGGCCUCAAAACAGUUUAUAUCAAACAGAGUAUUUUGUAGAUCCAGUGCAAUACGAAAUACCGAUUUUGAUCCAUGCAUAUAUAGUCAGUCCAUUUCCUACAACUGUAAUCGUUGCAUUCGAUUCUUUGUACGCAAACUUUGUUAACCAUGCCUGUAGUAUGUUUGUAGUUAUUGGAUACCGCCUAAAGAAUGUAGCAAACAAUAAAUAUGUGUGGAAUAAACGAAAAAAAGUAAUCCGGGAGGACAGGAUGCACCAAUUAAUGAUAAAUCACAUAAAACAUCAUAAUAAUAUACUAGAGUACUGUCAAAUUCUUAAAUCUACUUACAAUAGUUGUUUGUUAUGUAUUGUAAUGAUUAAUAUGUUGGCUUUAAGUAUUACAGGAUUUCAAACUGUAAUGAAAAUGAAUGAAACCAGUGAGAUGAUCAGGUUUGGCACUUUUUCUAUUGGCCAAGUUGUUCAUCUUUUCUUCCUCAGUUGGCCUGGGCAAAGAUUAUUAGACCACAGUCUUUCUAUCCAUCAAUUAGUGUAUUCAGGUGAAUGGUAUAAUAUUUCUUCAAAGACAAAAAAACUUAGCAUUUUCAUCAUGAUGCGAAGUCGAAAACCGUGCAUUCUUUCAGCUGGAAAAAUGUAUACUAUGUCAUGUGAAAGUUUCAGCAAAGUAAUCAAGACAUCUAUGUCGUACUUUACACUUUUGACGUCUCUAAAAUAAUUUUAAGAACAACAAAUAGGCGUCACUACAAUUUAUUAUCGAGAAUCCAUAUCAAAUAAAUAUUUAAUAUUAACGUUACUAUAACGAAUUUUCAGCUUUGCAUUGGUUAUUUUUUUUUUCUUUUGAUACAAUUAGAGAAAAAUAAAAUACGUGUAAAAAAAUGUUAAUGAAAUAAACGGACUGUCCCGAGGUUUUCCAUAAGGAACCUGAGAUGCGAUACUGUAUUAAUUUUAAAUAUAAUUGAUGCGCGGUCAAACUUUUGGGAAUACGCGCGUUGCGUAGCCCCUACCUCUCCCCCAGACGACACUCUGAAUCGAAAGAUAUAAUCAAGUGACUAAGGGUGGACAUUAACCGGAGGUAUGAUCAAAAAUCCUCAUUGCGCGUGGUAUCUAACCGCAGCCACCACGAGUCCGUGCCUCUGUGAGCUACACACUCCUACCAUCUCAGGAAAUAAAGAGACUCUGGCCCAAGAAGGCUUGAAGUUCCCUGUACUGGUGAACAGGUUGCAUCAACCAGAGCGAAUUCGCCUUGUUUUAUACUUAACUGGCUUACU